UUUUUCUCUUUCAAUUCUAAUAUUUUUGUAAUAGUAUAUUUUAACCCUUUUAGGUACUAUUUAUUGUUAAUUAAAAUUAAUCAGAAGUUCUACAAUGUCGACUGCUAAAAGGAAAGCUUUAUUUAUAUGUCUGGGAAAUAUUUGUCGGUCACCAAUAGCAGAAGGUGUAUUCCAAAAGGCGGUAAAUGAUAUUGGAGAUGGUGAUAAAUGGGAGGUAGACAGUGCUGCGAUAGGAAGCUGGCAUGUUGGUAACCCACCUGACUGGAGAGCUCUGGACACUAUGAAGAAACAUGAUGUGCCAUAUAACAACUGUGCGAGGCAGGUAACAUCUGAGGAUUUCAACCAUUAUGACUUUAUAUUUGGAAUGGACGAAGCUAAUAUGAGGGAUUUAAGUAAAAGGGCACCCAAAGGUUCGAAAGCCAAACUGCUAUUGUUCGGAGACUUUGAUCCCCAAGGUGACAGGAUCAUUAGAGACCCUUAUUAUGAUAGUGACUCAUCGGGAUUUGAGAAAUGCUACCAACAGUCUGUGAGGUGUUCAAAGGGAUUCCUGGAGCAGUUGGAGAAAGGAGCGAUUAAAUAAUUUUUAACUUAUUACUCAUUCCAUAUGUAUAUGUAAUUCAUAACAAUUAGUAGUAAAGUAUUAUAAUCUGAA